AUGUUUCAAGUGCCAGAAACGCCACCACACCUCGUGCUGUUUCCAGUUAGCUACAAAAAUGUCAAGAUCUCGUCUUCCCUGAAGAGGGAGCUUGAUGACACAAACAAGACUAAGGAAAUCUCGACAAAAAGGAAGGAACCUAGAGCGCUCAAACCAACGAUGAAGGUCAACCAAACUUGCCAAGAAACAAGUUCAAAUUUUCCAGAGGAGAAAGUUGUCUUGGAACUUUAUUCCGGAAAAUACCUGGAAAAUUCGCAAACCACCUUCUUGCUCACGGGAGAGACACUACUCAAGGACGAUGUACCAGAAGUGCAACUUCCAUCCGGAUUACAUCUACUUACAACGCGCAUUGGACACCUCACGUCGGGACAAGUCAAAACAAUAGAGAAUCACGAGGACGACAUGGAUAAAUGGGAUGGCUACUGGACACUGGAAGGCCAAGGUAACGUUGCUUCCAUCAUUCAUACCAACACGGAUGAGAACGAGAAUGAGAAGUGGGAAAAAUACUGGUCCCUAGAGUCAGCAGGAACGGAGGAAUUUUCCAACUCCGAAAGAGAAGAAAAAGCUAGGAUAGGCAGCCCAGUAUGGGAAAAGUUCAACCAGACAACAGAAAAACGAGAAGACGGAUACUACGCUCAUUUGGCGUGGGAGAAUAUCAACAUCCCAUUACCCGAUAACAGAGCUAUAGCGCUGAGAAGACUAAUCCUUCACCGCGGUCCAAUAAUACUACCAGAGCUUUUCCGUGUACUUCUUCGAUUUAGAAUUGGAGAAAUAGCAGUAAUCUCAGACGUGGAAAAAGCGUGUUUACAAGUUCGUCUUCAUGAUGAUGACCGCAACUACAUAAUGUGUUUGUGGUUACGAAACCACAAACUACCACCUACGUCAAGUAACAUACAAGUUCUCCGAUUCACCCGAGUAACGUAUGGUUUGAUAACAUCUCCAUUCCUUCUCGCCGGAACAAUUCAUUUCCAUCUUAACCAGUACAAGGAGGAUGCCAAGCUUAUAGCUGAUAUCAAGGGAAACUUAUACGUCGACAAUCUCAUCCUAACUGCAGAUUCGGUGGACGACUCAGUACAUAUCUACAAUCGAACAGAACAAGUGUUCAACGACUUGAACAUGAAUCUCCGUGAGCUCUCAUCCAAUAACACCAAGCUGAUAUCACAAAUUGCAGAGAAAGGCAAGUCACUGGAGAAAUUACCUAAAGUGCUAGGAAUAACAUGGAAUCCAACAUCUGAUUAUCUCCAGAUUUCAUGCCGACCAAAACUCCCUGAGGAUAUCACGAAACGAAGUGUGGCAAGUGCCCUAGCAUCUGUUUAUGACCCGUUAGGAGGGAUACUACCAUUGCUUCAUAAGGCAAAAGCCUUUCUUAGGACUCUUUGGAAAGAAAGAUACGAUUGGGACACAGCGUUGUCACAAGUUCACAAAGACUCACGGAAGCGUAUCUGCUCAGACAUAGACAGGAAAUUCUCACUACUAAAUGCAAAGCGAAUUGUAGCGCGAGUCUUACGCUACAUUGGAAUACUUGUUGUUCGAGUGAAUGACCGAAGAAAUCGUCCAAUUAGGCUUUCCGCACUUCUUGAAGAGUCCUUCCCACAUUCCCUCUACAAGUCAACAGGCCUCGCUAAACUGUCCCUUGAACAAUUGUCGACACUGAUAAUUGAAAUCGAGGAACUUCUAAAUACGAGGCCUCUUCUGUAUGUGGAAUCAAACUCAACCUUUGAACAAGUAUUGGGACCCAUUGACUUCCUUCAAAACGAGUUUGAAGUUCCCUAUCCAUUGGAUGACAUCGCUGUAGAUGAGGGAGAUCCUUCUUGUCUCCCACCUGGAGAACAAGUCCUUCUAAGAACCAAGACACAAACUAUAAAAGCUCUACAAACAUCCUGUAAGUUCACAGAGAAGUUUUGGCAAAUAUGGAGAGAUCAAUAUUUGCUAGCUUUGCGCGAAAAACAUCAACGCGAAGUAGGGAAGAACAGAAGUUCACGAUAUUCUCCUAGAAAGGAUGACAUUGUAUUAAUUAACGAACCAGUACUACCUCGACAUUCGUGGAAAAUGGGAAGAAUACACGAUCUGAUAAUGAACUCAGAAGGACUAAUACGCGAAGCGGUCAUCAUGCUAACAUCUCAUCGCCAGAUACGCAGACCGAUAAACCCUCUGGUUCCACUAGAACUAGAGGAUGAGAAACGAAAGAACGACGAUUCUCUAGUACAAGUACGGGGACCCAAAUCACCGGCUUCAUCGUCUACUUCCACAGAAAGAAUUCACGAGUCUAAAAAUUGUCCUGAUUCCAUACCCAGUAGCAAUCAACAUACAAGUCGAUGCAACCUACGACCAAGAAGACAAGUAGAUUACAGAGGAAUUCUCUCAAUUAUUCCUGCAAAUCAAUCCGCUACGCUACUCACCAUUCUGUUGAUUCUGGUUAUCAAAAUAGGAGACUCAUAUUCCGACGAGGCAUACCAACAUUCCUCAAGCACCAGACGCAUUCGUUGCAUAAAUGGAGGUGUGAAACUUAUUUCACCGCCUCACAUACCCUACCAUGUUUGUGCCGCAGAAUUUUGUCGAUUUUACGGAGACCCGCAAAUGAAUGAAACAAUGCGGUUUUCCCCCACACGUUAUAUUACACGAUCAUCAAGUACAGUGGAAAAUCACGGAGAACGAAACCACGACAAUUAUCGAAACAAAGUGUCCAAUUCCGUCACAAUUCUCCUCUACUUGGUCGUCUCCGGGUGUUACAUCUUCUUAGCUCUCAUCAACGGCAUUACACGAAGUACGAGAAUAGGACAUAUGACAACGACCGGUCGACCUGAUCGAGCUGUUGACUAUCUUGUACAUACUUACUUUUGCUAUGGCCGAAACAAAAGCAUGACAAUCAGAGAAAUGGACGAGCAUCUCGCCAAUCUGUCGAUAUUCAUGAAUGACAAGAAACCAACUACAGGUUGCCUCGAAAACAAUCUCACGUUGACACUUGACGGAUUUCACCGACAAGUUGAUACUGCAGCAACUAUCCGAGUGGACUGGAUGCACAUGAAGGGAGACCCAACCUUAACCUUUGGAGCCCCAGAAGAACAAGUUAUCAUCCUUAAUCGGAUUCUGAGAGCAGCAAGCGUUGCAAAGGAAAAGAUUGUUAGACCAGCAUCGAAUUACCUGCUGACAAGUUAA